AAAGGUCAUUUUGAAAAACAAUACAUGUGUUGGUAAAGAAAAUCUAGUACAUGUAGCAGCAGUUUGGAAUCUGACACUACAUCUGCUGAUGGAUUGCCUUGAAUAAUAUAUACAAAAGGAUUUCAAUGAUCUGUAUAUAAAAAAAAGUGUAGAUUGGUUGAUUAAUGUUAGGUUUUGCUUGAGCACAAAUGAGGUAUGGUUAUGGAGGUUGGGUACAGAUGGAUCAUAGCUGUCCAGGUGUGGCUAACAUGAUGAAAAAUGGGAAGUUUUUUAGAAAGGUUGAGGAGAAUUGUUGGUGUGCUGAAGCUAGAAUAAGAGACAUGAAUGAUACAGGAGUAUGUGUACAAGUUUUAUCAACAGUGCCGGUUAUGUUCAGUUAUUGGGCUAAACCAGAAGAUACCUUAGACCUUUGUCAAAUCGUAAAUGAUGAUCUAGCUCAGACAGUUAAAGCUCACCCAACUCGCUUUAUAGGAUUAGGUACCUUACCCAUGCAAGCACCUGAUCUGGCCAUCAAGGAGAUGAAAAGAUGUAAAUACGAAUUAGGCUUCAAAGGUGUUCAGAUUGGUUCUCAUAUAAAUGACUGGAACUUAGAUGCAGAAGAGUUACGUCAAUUCUUUGCUGCAGCUGAGGAACAUGAAGUUUCUAUUUUUGUUCAUCCAUGGGAUAUGGACCAGGGAGAAAGAAUGAAAAAGUACUGGCUACCUUGGCUUGUUGGCAUGCCUAGUGAGACAGCAACAGCCAUAUGCUGUAUGACAAUGGGAGGGGUGUUGAAACAAUUUCCCAAACUGAAGGUCUGCUUCGCACAUGGAGGUGGAGCCUUCCCUUUCACUAUUGGUAGGAUAGAACAUGGAUACAAUGUCAGACCUGAUCUAUGUGCUUCAGAUUGUAAAGAAAGCCCUCGUAGCUUUCUAGGAAAGUUUUACACUGAUGCAUUAGUCCAUGAUCCUAUUUCUCUGAAACUGCUGGUGGAUGUUAUUGGAGAAGAUAGAAUAUGUAUGGGUUCAGAUUACCCAUUUCCCUUGGGUGAACACCAUCCAGGUAAACUUAUAGAGACAAUGGACUUAGAUGACAGCUUGAAGGAUAAAUUACUUGUGAAGAAUGCAUGUGACUUCCUUGGAAUCAAAAGAGCAGACUACAGUCCACACCUCAUCUUCCACUGAUGUAUAAAUACUGCAGAAUAGACCCUCAGCAUUAAAGACAUUGACACAGUCAUAUUGAUAACUUCAUAUAAACGUUUUUUUAAUCUUGUUUUGUUAGAGUAUGUUUUUUAAAUUAAUUAUUUUAAUAUUACUUUGUUGCAAAAGUAUUUCAAAAAAUUGUAUACUGAGGCAAGCAAUGCAAAAGGAAUUGCAAUCUUAUAAUGAAUAGGUGUCUGUCAUUUGUUUGUAUACCAGGGAUUUACAACUAAUGGCAAAUGUGGAGCAUU